AGGGAGGUGCUAUCAGCUCACCUGUGUUAAAGGAGUGCGUAAGUGCAAGUUGGAGGAGGGGUCAAAUAACUGUGGGUGCACGCUAGCUGCUGUUCAGUCUGCGCUCCUCUCCUUACCUCUCUCACUUCAGCACGCCAACACACACGCAUACACACACAGACACACAGUCCAGCUCAGAGGCUCAAGGGGAUAAAAGUCAAUAUUUGAUCAACAGCGGAGCAGCACAGAAAGGCAAGAAAGAAAGAAAAAAAUAAGAAGUGUGUGUUUGCUUUUCUUUAGCAUUGCUGUACAGAAAAAUCUCACUGGGGACAAGGUGAAAGAAAGUUCAUUUGAACAACACAGGUGGAUAUUGGAUACGCCAGCCUUGAGUCUGCAGAAGUUCCAGGGGAAAAGACAAGGGAUUUACUUCUUUUACCAGAUUUUGGUUUGGACUUUGAGACUAGGAUCGGGAAGAUCGUCAUUAAGAGGAAGGAGAUGGGGAGAUGGGCUGUGCAUCUCUCCUUGGGGGUGGUCCUUUUCACACUCUACUGGACCUCUAGCCAUGCUGAACAAGUCAAUCACUGCCUGGCUGCUCAAGUCUCGACCUGCUCAGAGUGCAUCCAGACUGGGAGAGGCUGCUCGUACUGCCCUGAUGAGAUCUUUGAUUUUCCACGGUGUGACCUUUAUGGCAACCUGGUUGAGCAUAAGUGCAGCACUCCAGUGACCGUGAAGAGCGAGGUGAUAACGAAGGAGAAGAAACAGAUCAACGUCAUGCUGAGGCAGUCACAAGUUGCUCCACAGCUUAUGACAAUGCGCCUUACCCCAGGAGAGGAGCGUGAAGUAGAGAUGCAAGUCUUUGAGCCUGGCAGGGGUCCCCUUGACCUCUACAUCCUCAUGGACUUCUCCAAUUCCAUGUCAGAUGAUCUGGACAACCUGAAGAAGAUGGGGGCACAGCUGGCGGAGCUGGUGGGCAAACUGUCAGACGAUUACACCAUUGGUUUUGGGAAGUUUGUGGACAAAGUCUCAGAGCCACAGACCGAUAUGAGACCUUCAAAACUGAAAGAGCCAUGGCCAAACAGCGACCCUCCCUUUUCCUUUGAGAAUGUGAUUACGCUCACCAGCAACAUCACCUCAUUUCGUGAGAAACUGCAGAAGGAGCGCAUCUCUGGUAACUUGGAUGCCCCAGAGGGAGGAUUUGAUGCCAUCUUGCAGGCUGCUGUGUGCCAGAAGGAGAUCGGCUGGCGACCCGACAGCACUCACCUGCUGGUCUUCUCGACGGAGUCUGCAUUCCACUACGAGGCAGAUGGUGCCAACGUGCUAGCUGGCAUCCUGCCUCGAAAUGACGAGGCAUGUCACCUGGAUGGAAAAGGCAAAUACACGCACGACACGCUACAGGACUACCCAUCUGUGCCCACUCUGGUGCGGCUGCUGGGCAAACACAACAUCAUUCCCAUCUUCGCCAUCACCAACCACUCCUACACAUACUAUGAGAAGUUACAUCACUACUUUCCUAUUGCUGAUGUGGGACAACUGCAAGAGGACUCUUCUAACAUCCUAACUAUCCUGGAAAAAGCCUUUGAGAACAUCCGUUCAAAGAUCAGCAUACGGGCUGAGGAGAGACCCAAGGCUAUAGAUACACAGAUCUUAUCUGCCAGUGGCGCAACGACUGAGUCCGGCAUCUUCAAAAUUACACCUGGAGAAACUGGCACAUUCAAGGUUCGAGUGAAAGCGCACGAGAAAGUCGGUGAGCAGCACGUGUGCCAAAUGCCUGACCAGGAGCGGGAGGGCACCAUGAGGGUCAAACCCACUACCUUCAGUGCCGCCCUCAGGAUUAACACUGGGGUCAUCUGUGAGGUCUGCGACUGCGAGAAGACCCCCAGCAGGAAAGCGAAGAGAUGCAAUGGCAACGGGGACCUGGUCUGUGGGAAGUGCCAGUGCCAUGACGGCUGGCUCGGGCCCUUCUGUAACUGCUCCUCCAGCAGCACAUCGGACAGCAACAGCUGCUUGGCGCCAGGCAUGACACAGCCCUGCUCAGGCCGUGGGGACUGUCUGUGUGGCAAGUGCCUCUGCUACAACCCCAAGCAGUACGAGGGCCCCUACUGCCAGUUCGACAAGACUCAGUGCCAGCGCUUCAGCGGCUUCCUGUGCAACGAUCGCGGAAGCUGCUUCAUGGGUCAGUGUGUGUGUGAUGAUGGCUGGGAAGGAUCGGCCUGUGAGUGUCCCAAGAGCAACCAGACCUGUGUGGACAGUAGAGGGGGGAUCUGCAACAAUCGUGGCACAUGCAAGUGUGGACGCUGUGAGUGCGAAGCCUCCCAGACGCCGCUGAGCUCAGUCUGUGAAGCCAAUUUCCAGGCCCAGCUGGGGAUGUGUGAAGGCCUGCGCAGCUGUGUCCAGUGUUGGGCCUGGAAUACGGGAGAGAAGAAGGGAAAGUGUAAGGACUGCAACUUCAACUUCGUCAAGGUGGAUGAGCUCCAGAAGAAGGAGGACGUGAUUGAAACCUGCACUUUCCGGGAUGAGGACGACGACUGCACCUACCACUUCACUGUAGACUAUCCCACCACCCCUGCUAAAGAGUAUGACGUCCAGGUGCUCAAGAAGAAAGAAUGCCCUCCUGGAGGUUUCCUGUGGCUCAUCCCCCUCAUCAUGUUCCUCAUGCUGCUGCUGGGCCUGCUGCUUCUGUGCUGCUGGAGGUACUGCGCCUGCUGCAAGGCCUGCCUGGCACUGCUGCCCUGCUGUGGAAGAGGUCGCAUGGUGGGCUUCAAGGAGGACCAGUAUAUGUUGCGUCAAUCCCUCCUGACCUCUGACCACUUGGACACACCAAUGGUGCGCACUGGACCACCCAAGAGCACCGACGUGGUGCGCUGGAAGAUCACCGACAACGUGCACCGCCCACCCAACCAUCCGCUGGCACAAAUUAUGCCAAAUCCCAAAGAGAUCAUCCCGCACCCAAUUUCUCUACGACUUAAUCGCCUGUUCUCCGAGAGCCUGUCCCGCCCUGAAGCCCGGGACACCGAAAUUUUGCGUAGAGAGGUGGAUGACAACCUCAAUGAAGUUUACAAGCAGAUCCCUGGCGCACAGAAGGUUCAGAAGACGAAAUUCAGGAUCCAACCCAAUGCUGGUAAAAGGCAGAACCACACCAUUGUGGACACAGUUCUGUCUGCACCCCGCUCUACCUACCCUGACAUUGUCAAACUGACAGAGAAGCAGGUCCAAGCCGCCAACUUCGGAGACCUGAAAGUUGUACCUGGCUACUACACUGUGGCCAAUGACAGAGAAGCGACAGGAGCAGUGGAGAUGCAGGAGGGUGUUGAGAUGGUGGAUGUGCGUGUGCCGCUCUUCAUCAAGGACGAAGACGAUGAUGAGAAGCAGCUGCGGGUGGAGGCCCUGGAUGUUCCUCUUGGCAUCGCUGAGAUUGGCCGGCGCUUUGUCAACAUCACAGUAAUCAAGGAGCAUGCAAAGAGCGUCCUGACUUUCCUGCAGCCCUCGUACACUUACAGCCGGCAGGACGGCGUGGCUAAUAUCCCUAUCAGCCGUGAGAUCAUCGAAGAUGGGCGCACACAGGUCACCUACAGCACCCGUGACCUCACUGCCAAGGACAAGAAGGAUUAUGUCUCAGUGGAAGGAGACCUGACCUAUCAGCCGGGAGAGACCCAGAAGAUGGUGCCCGUGAAGCUGCUGGAGCUAGGCGAGGCCGACGCCCUUCUGGAUGAUAAGCAGGUCAAGCAGUUCGUCAUGGACCUGAGCAAUCCACGACAGGGUGCCAAGCUGGGCAGAUAUCCCCGCACCACCGUCACCAUCACCGACCAGCCAGAGCCCAGUGUGAUGAUGUUCAAGAAGAGCACCCAAAACUACACGACUUACGACCCAAGCUACUCCAUCCCUGUGGUGAGGACCCGCAACCAGGAGGGCCCGGCCACCGUGCACUGGCGUACCCGAAAGGCCUCACGCUUCGACCUGUCGGGCGCCCUCAAGUUCGGUCCGGGUGAGACGGAGAAAAACGUGGUGAUAGACCCGCUGGCGUACGCUGGCCCCGUCAAACCUGAAACCUUCCAGCUGGAGCUGUUUGACCCCAGUAGCAACGCUGUCGUCGGGGAGAGGAAGACCACCCUUGUCAAUGUCACAGACCGUGGCGACAAUGCAAUGCAGACCAUGGGGUUUGUCAGCCAGGUAGCCCAGUCACCUGGAGGACGGAUGUUUCCCCCAGGAAACAUCAAAGCCACCGCCACUGGGCCUAAAAACAUUCGUCUCAAUUGGACUCCGGCUACCAACGCCCUUGGCUACAAGGUAAAAUACUGGAUUCAGGGAGACCCAGAGGCUGAUGCUCAGGUGAUUGACUGCAAGACACCACAGGCAGAGCUGACCAACCUGUACCCCUACUGCGACUAUGAGAUGCGUGUCUGUUCCUACAAUGCAAUGGGAGACGGACAUUACAGUGACGUGGUGUACUGUCAGACACUGGAGGAUGUUCCCAGUGAGCCUGGUCGCCUGGCCUUUAAUGUCAUCAGCCCAACUGUCACUCAGCUGAGCUGGGCGGAGCCAGCUGAGACCAAUGGCAUCAUCACUGCCUACGAAGUCAACUACACACCCAUCGAUGAGGACGGCAAGCACACGGGUCCCACGAAGAAGGUGAAGAUUGACAACCCUAAGAAGCGCAUGCUGUUAAUUGAGAACCUGCAGGCCUCGCAGACCUAUAUCUACAAUGUCCGUGCUUGCAACAGUGUUGGCUGGGGACCCUUCAGAGAUGCCACCAUCAACCUGGCCACGCAGCCUAACAGGCCCAUGUCCAUUCCCAUCAUUCCCGACAUCCCCAUUGUGGAUGCGGAUGCGGGUGAGGGCUACGACAGCUACCUGAUGUACAGCAGUGAGGUCUUACGUUCCCCAGGUGGCAGCAAGAGGCCCAGCAUGUCUGAUGAAGAUCAGUUCAAUGGCAAGUGGGACCAGAGUUUCUUGUACCCGGGAGGGACAGGUUCACUGACGCGCAACAUGACAACUUCAUCCUCCAGCCACACCCAGAUCUCGUCACAGCUUAGCCCCAGCUACCGUGGGGCAGGGGGCACCAUGAACAUAGAAACCACAACCACCUAUCUGUCAGGUCAAGGGAACUCACUGUCACGUAGACAGGGAGCGACAACUAGGACAGAGGAAGUGGUCCUGAGGAAGCGUUCUGAGAGGGGUUACUAUGACAGCGAUGGCGUGAGGGAUUCUAUUGUCAUGGUGGACAUGCCCGGCGGGUUCACAGACAGUCUAGGUGGGUCGGGCUACAGCAAGACGCUGGUGAACUACAGCGUGGGUCACAGCUCCAGGGCACGCACGCAGUCGGAAGACGUCAACGACGCCCUGCAGAACCUGGACAGGGUGCUCCAGGACUCCAGGCUGAAUCCGGGAGUCCCGGACACACCCACUCGGCUGGUGUUCUCUGCGCUGGGGCCUACCGCCCUGAAGGUGAGCUGGCAGGAGCCUCACUGUGAGAGGGACGUCCUGGGCUACUGUGUUCUUUACCAGCUGCUCAAUGGAGGUGAGGUGAAACGUAUUGAUGUGCCCAGCCCAUCGGAGAACUCAGUGGUGGUGAAGGACCUCCUGCCCAACCACUCCUACAUCUUCAAGGUCAAAGCACAGAGCCAGGAGGGCUGGGGCCCCGAAAGAGAGGGCGUCAUCACAAUCGAGUCCGCCGUGGACCCCAAGAGCCCCCUCAGCCCUGUCCCAGGCUCCCCAUUCACCCUCAGCACCCCCAGUGCCCCCGGCCCCCUGGUCUUCACUGCGCUCAGCCCUGAUGCCCUGCAGCUGAGCUGGGACAAACCUCGCAAGCCCAACGGGGACAUCCUAGGCUAUGUGGUCUCCUGCGAGCAGCUGCAUGGGGGAGGUGACGUUCGCUCCUUCCAGGUCAGCGGGGACAACGCAGAAACCAGUCUGACAGUGUCAGAUCUGACUGAAAAUGUACCCUACAAGUUCAAGGUCCAGGCCAGGACCACACAGGGCUUUGGCCCAGAGAGAGAGGGAAUCAUCACGAUUGAGUCCCAGGAUGGAGGCAACAUGUCCCAGUACAACAGCCAGUCAAUGACGAGGAGAGAGGUGUUCCAACUGCCUGGGGAAGUCAGCACUCUAACCAAUGUCUCCCACACCACAUUCAACGACCCAUUUUUCUCAGAUGGGAUGAUGAUGACCACACAGCACACGGAGACCAGGGGCACAGUGACCCGACACAUCACCAAAGAGGUGGUGAGCAGGGGCGUGGUGUCCGGGACCAGCAUGACCAAGAGGGUGGAGAAGUUCUACGAGGCUUGAGGACCUGACGCCCCUUCAGAGUGAAGAGAAAGUCUUCAAGCCCCUCAAGCAGCAGAUCAUUCCCAACUCUCUUUCUUUACAAGAAAUGAGGAGGGUGGGAAGGGAGAGGGUUCUAGAGUGGCCCCUCAAUCCUCACCUUUCUUCUACGCAUCUGUUACACCCACAGAGGGAACUUUGGCAUUUGCCCCUGCUGCAAGAUUUCCCUUUUCAAGUCUUUACUUAUUUCUGUCUUAUUUAACGGGAAAAAAAAGCUUGCAUGAGUUAUAUUGCUCUCAGAAAGAACUUCCUUUUAAGUUAAUGUUUGCCCCAGGAUUUGUGUUGGGCUGUUACUGUGUCCCUUACUGAGGCUCUUAGAUUAGCCUGGCCAGUUUAUGAGACCGAUCACACGGACUUUGCCCUUGUGAGAUUAGCUGUGUGUCUAUGCCCUGCAGGGAGCAGGCAGACACAGGCAGAGAGCUCACAGGCUGGAGGGACCGCAGACCGCAACACCGGACAGCAGCUCUUCACAGAAUUAUUACCUUUCCGACAUCACAGUGAUGAAUGUUUUCUCAAGCUGCACUGCGGUCUUUGCAAUGCGAUGCAGCAAGGAAAGUUGUCUUAAAAAUAUAUUUGAAUCCCUCUAAAGCCAUCUGAAAAAUAGAAGUCCCUUUUAUUUAAUUCAAGCCUAAGAUACCUGUACUAAAAAAGAUCCAUUCCUGAUCCUGAUA